AUGAUUGAUACUGGUUCCACGGUAACGGCGAUUAAUUCCUCAUAUCUGAGCAACAUCAAGCAUGACAAAAUUCGCGGCAUAUCCACAACGGUUAAAACCGCAAAUGGGGGUGAAUUGAAGAUUCUAGGAAAGGUGGCUCUCCACAUGACAACAAACCAAAUUACAACAAAGAUCGAUGCAUUUAUAAUUGAAGAUUUAUGUGCAGAUUUGCUGUUAGGCAGUGACUGGUUUCAUCGUAACAAUGUGAAUAUUAGCUAUCAGGAUAAAACUAUCAGAAUUACAACACCACAACAACAAUCCACAACCAUCUCCAUUGUGCGACAUCCCAAUCCCCAACAAAUAUUUAAUGUGACGGCAAUGUCUGAUUUUGUAGUACCAUCCAUGAGUGAACGCAUUAUCCAAGCAGCAACAUCCGCACCACCAAUGAUGACAGCAAUAUUCACCCCAUCAUUAAAAAUGAACAAUAAACAAUAUGUUAUAGCACCUCAUGCUGUAUUGAAAAUACAAAACAACACCACAACUCUGGCAUUGUUGAAUACUACAAAAGCAGUUAAGAAAAUUAGAAAAGGUACACACUUAGGUCAGAUUAGAUACCAAGGGAAUGACAACUGUUGUUACAUUAAUAUGGACCCACAUAAGAACCAGCUAACACUAGCUAUCUCACCUAAAGCAUUUUUAUCCAUUACAACACGCAUCACCGACCUAUUGGCACAUUUACCAGUUGACAAGCAACAACAAUUACAACCAGUCUUAUUAAAGCAUCAAACGGUAUUCGAUACGUCCUCAACAACAACGAUUAAAACAAACAUUAAGCAUCAGAUCAUCAUCAAACCGCACCAUCAUCCAAUACAACAGCCGUCAUAUCGACGAUCAGCCAAAGAGAAACAAAUUAUAAACGAACAAGUAAAGGAAAUGCUAGACAACCACAUCAUUCGUCCAAUCGAUGGAUCACCAAGAUUUUGUGUGGAUUAUCGCAAACUAAAUUCUAUUACCGAACGAGAUGUGUAUCCUCUACCAUUGAUUAACGAUAUUAUCGACAAAUUAGGCGGUGCCAAAUAUUUUACUUGUCUAGAUUUGAAACAAGAUUAUUGGCAAGUUGAAAUUGAUGAAAAAGAUAGGCAAAAAACCACAUUCGUUACAAGUGAAGGUAUUUAUGAUUUUAAUGUUAUGCCAUACGGGUUGUCAAACGCGCCAUCAACAUUUCAACGAAUUAUCAAUAGUGUUCUAGGUGAUUUACGCUGGCAUAAGUGUCUGGUGUAUUUAGAUGAUAUAAUUGUGUACUCAACAUCUUUCAAACAGCAUGUUACAG